CUGCACUACAUCUAAUUAUCUGAUCGAAUCAAUUGAAACGUAUACUUAAAAUACAUAAAGCGCGAAAUCAAAUCAAAAGCAAAACACAAUUUGUUGUUACCACCAACAGCAAAUUAACCGAUUAAUAUAUAAAUUAAUAAGUAACUAAGCCAAUAGCUGUUUUCAUUUACAAGUCGGCGCCGGCGCCACAUAAAACAGCCUCAAGACGGAGUCCCUAGAGUUUUUACAGUCAGAGGACGUCAUGGAUAUCUUACCGAGCGGAAACAUAUUCAAUGAAUUGGAGCACAUCUGCACCACCGGCUACUUCUCAUCACAGACAUCGAUUGAGGAUCAAUGGCAACAGACCUGCUACGAACUGGAACGUUAUUUGCGCGACGAGCCCAAAUUGCAGACCUACAAGAAGAAGAUGCAGAGUGAUUUGGACACAGCCUGGGACAAAUUCUACACACCUGCACGCAUUUUCGAAGAGUUAAAGAUAAAGGAACAGCACUUGGACACGAUCUCCACGACUUCGUCGGUGUCGUCGAAUUGCUCGGGCAUCUCAUGGGACAGCAAUGGCUCGCAAGCACUCAGCUGCUCGGUGCUGGUCAAGCAGGAGCGCAUCGAUGAGGACGACGAGGAUGCCGCACACUCAGAUGAUGACAAGCUAGGUGCACUCUUUGCCGCACCACCCUCCGCCAUAUCGCCAAAUCCCAGCAUCAGCAGUGCCGGCAACAUGACGCCGACCAGUAGCAGCAGCAGCAUCAGCAGCGGCGGUGGUGGGGUCAGCAGCAACAUACCGCUGAGUCCUGCCAGCUGCUCCUCACCAGCUAUUAAAGUCCGCGUGCUACAGGCCAAGAGCCAGUUGGGCAAUGCACGAUACAAUGGCCAAGGCCUGAGCGUGCAUGACUUUGUGCUUCCCACACUGACGCCACCCUCCUCCCCCGAAUCCAGCCUGCGCAGCACCAAUAACUAUGCACAGCAACAGCAGCAGCAACUGCAUCAGCCACAGCCAACGCCACAGCAGAUCGAUGCCAACGAAUUGGCCGCUCUAAUACAACAACAACAGCAGCACCAACAACAGCAGCAGCAGCAGCAACGUAUCGGCCAACAGCCACAGCAGCAAGCAGCACAGCACUCAACGCCCACAACCGCCAUUCUGCGCUUCACCAGCCAACUGCCCAGCGCUGGCCCUGCCAAGAAUCCCACACUGACACAGGCCACCACGCUGCAGUUGCAACAGCAGCAGCAACAGUUGGCCGUGCAACAUCUGAGCGUAUGUCCGCAAACACUUUCGGCAAACAACAGCACCUCGGCAACGGCAACAGCAACAGCAGCAGCAGCAACAACAACGGCCACACCCGUCACACAACACAGCAACAUUCCGCGGAGCACCAUAGUCCGUCUGACCACGGCGAAUGGCAAGACUAGCGCCGCCGGCAUCAGUCUGGCCCGUGUCCUACAAAUGCAGAACAAUGGCAAUGCCAAUGUGGCCGCCGUUCUCAGUGCAGCGGCCAGCGGCAAUGUUGUCCAGCAACAGCAACAACAACAGCAGCAAUCGCAGCCGGCAUCACAGCAGCCACAACAGCCGCCACAGCAACAACAACCAAUUGUUGCUACCAUGACUCCAGUGGCAACGCCGCGAGCUGACAAAUCCACAACUGCGUCUGCCAAAAAUCACCCGCGCCAACAUAACGAGCACAGCCCGGACGCCAAACGUCGGAUACACAAGUGCCAAUUUCUGGGUUGCAAAAAAGUCUACACGAAGAGUUCGCAUCUGAAGGCGCACCAAAGAACGCACACAGGUGAAAAACCCUACAAAUGCUCCUGGGAGGGCUGUGAAUGGCGAUUCGCACGCAGCGACGAACUGACGCGUCAUUAUCGCAAACACACUGGGGCCAAACCAUUCAAAUGCCGCAACUGCGAUCGCUGCUUCUCCCGCUCGGAUCAUUUGGCUCUGCAUAUGAAGCGCCACAUGUGAGGCGAGAUCUAAAUGGCCCUUGGCCAGAUGCAAGCUAUUUGAUCCUACAAUACAUACAUACUACACUACCAGCAAUUGUGCCAUCAAGACAGCGACAUCGAUGGCUGACGGGCGAUGGAUGGAGGGCGAAAGAUGUCCCUAAUUCCCACAACUGAUCAAACUGGCGAAAGCAAAUCAAAAACCACCACACAAGCAAAUACACUUCAAGCCUUUCGAUUGACAUACUUCAUUGGAUUUAUUGCGAAUGCCGCUUCUGUUCAAAUUCCCUUGUCCGUGUUUCAGUUUUUGUUUAGCUUUACACUUAUUUAUAUAUUUUUUAAGUAAUUCUAUUUGCUUAAGAGCACUCAGCAAUUUGCAGAAUCUUUCUUUGAAAUAUCACGCGCCGG